AUGGCAUUCAAGAUGGAGAACUUUGAGAGCGCGGUUGAGGUCCGACCGGUAUAUGAUUGCCCGGGAAGCCUUGGAGUAUUUGCUUUGCGGGAUAUCUCGACCGCAGAACUUGCACGAAGCGGAAGCUGCCAGCAGAACGCAGGCUCGCCUCUGUUUGUAGAAAGCCCCUUUUUGCCCUCCUAUGUAGAUGUAUUGCGGGAUGGAGACAAGGUUGCACAAGGAAUUGAGGAUGCGCUUUUUGGUGAGAACGGACAUCGUGCCUUUGUGCGAGCACUGCGGAUGAUGGCGGAGCUGUCUAAAAUUGCGGAUCCUGAAAACUAUAAUGAAGACGGGAUGUCGACGUGUGGAACUAAAAAUGUUGCUGAAGGAGGUACAAAUGUUGCAGAUCUUCACCACAGCAGCUCGAAACCGCUGCGUCGUCUAAUGCAUCGUCGUUGGGAGACUUCGCUGUGUCUCUGGUUUCAAGCUCAAAGCCGAGAAACGCAAAGAGAAUGGAUGCGCCUGUCCGACAGUUCGCGACACAUUUUGGACCUUGAUCUCGAGCAAGAUUUUUCAAAAAACGGUCGCAAGCUUUUUGUCGCGUUCGACAAUGCAGACGACGACGUUUUUUUAGAAGAGACCGCUUCUCGCAGUCACAUGCUCCGUACUUUUUCUAGACGUACCGGUUCAACUGACGUAGUAAGGAUGGGCACUGUCGUAUCUUUGGAUCGUGAGUCCAGCAUAUGCGAGGUAAGAAUCAACAUGGAGAAUUGUAAUUGCGAGGACAAGCACGAUGUUGAAAAAGAUGAAGAGCAGAAAAAAGUAUUAGUGAAAGUGCCGGCUGCAACAUUGAAAACGCCUCUAGGAGUAUAUGAGACGAACUGCCUGGGUGGCAAAGGCUUGUUUCGCACGCUGAGCAGAAUCAAUCACAGUUGCUGUCCGAAUGCCCGCAUCGUUUCUCGUAGCGACUUGUAUCAGGCACCACAAGAGAAUGACGACGAGGUUGACACUGCUGACGGUGGUGAAACAGAAGCAAGCGCGACGGGCUACAGUGAUAGUGGUGGGGUCCAGAAGGAUCGGAGAAGCCAUGACGCAUACGACGAGGAGGAUAUGAGUAGACGUCCAAGAAAUAGAAAGGCCAGCAUGUUGACAACUACUUUUUCCAUGACUCCUUUUUGGUGUUUGGUUGCGCGCCGCGAUAUCCGAGCUGGAGAAGAGAUUACAAUAAGUUAUUGCGACGAAGCACUUGAUGUGCGAAAGCGUCAGGUCCUAUUGAAGUCGAAGUAUGGAUUUGAAUGUAAAUGCACACGCUGCGAAUCAGACUUGGACCGCAGUGCUUUGGGGACUGCGUGAUGUAAAGAGAAUGUCUAUGUCUAGUUUAUCCCUUUUAGUUUAAACAUCAUCUUGUAUUUUGAUUUUGGAUGCCUUCCUUCCGCGAUGACGGUUACACAACAGUGUGCACUUGUGAUUUCGUCUUGGAAUAGAGUCGAGUCUGCACAUACAAUGUUAACUGUUGACAGGAUUUAUGAUGAAUGGAAUCGAAUUCCAAAUUUUACAUUAUUUCACGCUCAUCGAUGGGCUUGUUCGUGUCUAUUGUUUCUGUUCUAGUGGUUUUUGGAUCCCCUUCCCUCUCUUCGAUUGGAUAUGAGUUCUUGUGAUGGAUUUUUUGAGCCUGCAUAGAACAACUACGAGGCGUAAUAUGUAACAUAAUCGACGCAAAAAAAUUGUCUGAAAUUGCGUGUAGUGAUCCUUUUUUCCGAUUGAAGGCGACUGCAAUUUCUUUCGGAAAUCAUGAGGCCGGACAUAAAAUGCAUAGUUUCUGUUCUUCUUGUGUAGCGUUUAGUUUCUAUCUUUGCAUUUCCCAUGUUGUUCGCUAUUGUAAAAACAUAAUACGAAAUCUGAUUAUGUAAUCAAUGUCAGUUUGUAUGAAAAUUGAAACCAGUUUGUCGCAUAAUAUGCAGCUUUGAUUGAAACGCACUUAGAACUCUUCGCGUGGGUGAUCGAUCCGGCCCAUUUUCUUUCCUCCUUGCACAGCGCACAGGCAGCAGGAAGAUGAACACAAGCUUUGGAAAAUGAGACUUGAAUAGAACGAUGCUGCAUCUGUUCCCGAAACAAUCAUACUUUCCCAUUCCUCUAAU